AUGAAGCCCGACGGCGCCGGCGGCAUGGUCACGACGACGGCGAUGGUGAUCCCGCCGGACGACCACCUCCGCUCGCGCAGCCGCCUGGCCGCCGUGCUGGCGCCGCUCCUGCUCUUCCUCGCCGCCGUGCUCUCCUUCCCCUCCACGCUCCGCCUCGCCGCCAUCCCGCUCCCAACGCCGCUGCAGCCGCCGGUGGUCACGACGCCCUACCAGCCCCGUCGGAGCGCCACCACCGCCACCUCCACCGCGCCACCGCCAGCGAGGGUCGCCGUCUGCCUCGUGGGCGGCGCGCGGCGGUUCGAGCUCACGGGGCCCUCCAUCGCGCGCCACGUCCUGGCCGGCGGCGCGUUCGCGGUCCCCGCAUCGGCGGCGCCGGGGCGCCACAGCAGCAGCAACCAGACGGCCGUCGACGUGUUCCUGCACGCCCCGCUGGACGCCGACGCGUACAAGCUGUCCCUCCUGGCGCGCGCCGCCGUUCCCGCGACAGGCAACAGCAGCAACAACGUCAGCGUCGCCGCCGUCCGCGUGUUCCGGCCGGAGCGCCUCGACGUGACGACGCCGCCGGCGCGCGCGCAGGUGCUCACCGCCCUCAACUCGCCCAACGGCUUCCAGGGCCUGCUGCAGUACUUCCGGCUGGUGGAGGGAUGCCUGGACCUCAUCCGUGACCGCGAGUCCCGAGGCAACUUCACCUACGCCGCCGUGCUCCGGACCCGCCUCGACGGCUUCUGGACAUCGCCACUCCGCCUCGACGACGCCGACCUCCUCCUCCCCUCCGCCUCCUCCACCGACUACUACGUCGUCCCGGAGGGCUCCCGCUACGGCGGCCUGAACGACCGGCUAGGCUACGGCGGGCGUGCCGCCACGGAGGCGGCGCUGUCCCGGCUGUCCAUGCUCCCGCGCCUGGCGGCCGCGGGCUACGCGGCUCUCAACUCGGAGGCGGCGUUCGCGGCGCAGCUGAAGGUGUCCGGCGUGGCCGCACGCGAGCGCCGCCUCCCAUUCUGCGUCCUCAGCGACCGCUCCUACGCGUUCCCGCCCGUCCCCGGGUACGGCGUCCCCGUCGCGUCGGUGGGCAGCGCCGGCCCGCUCAGUGGCUCCAAGUGCCGGCCCUGCCGCCCCGCAUGCGUCGGCGAGUGCGCCGAGCGCAGCGUCGCGCUGCUGCAGCGCGAGUGGAGCUGGACCGAGUACCGGAACGGGACCGUGGAGCUCUGCGACGCGUCGGGGCCGUGGGAGGAUGGGUGGGAGGCGCUGUUCGACGCCGCCGCUGGUGACGACGCCGCCCGGGUUAGGCGGAGCGUGGCAAGGAUGGGUGCCAGGGAGUGCGUCGACCAGAUGGAGGCGUUCAAGGCCCUCGCGGAGCGCUGGGACGCGCCUAGCCCCGCCGAGAUCUGCCGGAUCGGGCUCCGAGCCCGGACGAAUACCUCCGCCGGCGGCGACUCUUGA